UGCGCGUUUCUCUCCAAGGCGCGCGUCGCGGCGCAAAACUCACAUCUGUGUUUUGCGCAAAACUCCUCGCGCCUUCGAUCGGCGCCUCCGCCGUCAAACGUCAGUUGAUCGCAGUUGGCCGUCGGGUUCGGAAGUAACUCUCUUUUCAGUGCGGUAUUGUCCAGUGUGCUUUCUUUUGCGGUGAUUCCGAUUCGAAAGCGCGCCAGGAGAACUCUAACGGAGAAACGGAGUUUUUUUUUGCUUCUUCAACAGACGUUGCGCGCAGUUUUACUCGAUUGGCGAUUGCGUGUUUUGAUUAUUAUUGCUUCGUUUUUUCUUCACGUGCACGCGGCGAUCUAUUAUCGAUGGAAGAAAGAUCUGCACCUGGCGAGUGAAAUCGGUCAGUUUGUGCGAAAGAAAGGUUUAUGAAUUUAUUUUAUUUACUGCGAGUAUGAUUUCUCGAAGAAAAGGUGAAAAUUUGUGCAAUUUUGUGACGGCGAUUUAAAAAGUUUUUUUCAAAACGGUUGUGAAACAAUUGGAAACAGCACUAAAACAAAACUUGGAAUAUCUUAAAAAGUUAUUCUUCAUUAAAAAAAAGAAGUUUUUAAGGUGCGUCCAGCAGGUUGAAGUCUAAUUACCACCACGGAGCAGUGUGGUUUCGUGAGCUAACCCGGGCGUGACCAAACCCUCUUUUGGACAAGAAGGAAAACUAUUUCUUGACGUUUGUGUGGCGCAAGGGGAGAUCGACCCAAGAAGGCGCGCGCGCGCAAAACUGGGAUUGGUCGGCGGUUGGAAGCAAAAGUAAAAUAAAAGGCAAGGCCAACUUUGGGAACCUUCAGCAAACUAGACUGCAACAAAACGCUUAAGAACCUAAUCCGCCACGGAAUCCGGAACCUCGGUGGCCCGUGCGCUUCGACGCCUGCCAAUAAUAGGGGCCAUUAGGAACUACCAAUUCCGCCAGCAUGGUCUGAUUGCGCCACCUGGGGAGGCCAGCGCCUACUACUUCUCGUGUGGAUGGAUGCCCUGGAAACUGUUAGAACUCUGCCAAAGCAGGCCAAUUUGGGCGCAGCAGCUGUUGGGAUUUAAUUGUUGAUUGAAAAAAAAAGGUGAAGAAGAAAAACCGCAGUGAAGAAGUGUGCACGUGUUUGCGAGUGGACGCCAUUAUGACGUCAUCGAAUGAUAUUGGGGGUGGGGGAGGAGGAGGAGGAGGGAGAGCCAGUGGCCGUCACCAUCACCAUCACAGGAGUAGUAACAACAGUAACAAUAACAUUGUGGGGCGACGCAUCAGUAACGUUAGUGUCAACAACUUGAACAACAUCAACGGGUAUAACCUCAACAAUCACAACAACAAUAGUCCGCGAACGGACAAGGAGAAAGAUUGGGAUUUUAAGAAAAGUUCCAAAUAUCCCGAAUCCGACGACAACGACUCCCUCCCGCCGCCCCCUCCCCCCGAGGACGACCCCUACUUUGACGAUCUGUCCCCACCGCCGGGCCUUAACCACCUCAACCACCUGAACCACCUGGACACCCUGCCCCAAACGACAACGAUCCCUACCGGAACGACGGCGACGGGGUUGAGUCCGGAAAAGUCCCGCAAACAGCACCGGUCCAGUUCGGACGCCAAGCACCACCACCGGAAUGGCGGCAACGGAUUGCACCAUAAAGGUUCCAACGGAGGGGCGCAUCAUCAUCAUCACCACCACCAUCACCAUCGGCACUCGAAGAGCAGCCGGGCGGAUUCGGUGCUGUCGAGUGAUUCGGACAUCCGGUUCACGCGGCGGAAGUUGGGCGACAAUCAAAAGUGUGGCUGUGCGUUGAUUGCGGGCUUUUUGCUGAUUCUGCUGUUUGCGGGGGUGAUCGUCUAUGUGGGGUAUACCUACCUGCGGCCGGAACCCCUCCCGGAUCGGAUAUUCCGCGCCCGGUUACGGGUCGUCGACGGAGACCACUGGACGCCGGAGCUCGCCGACCAGAGUACGCUACGAUUUCAGCACAAGUCACGCGAUUAUCGGGAACGGAUUAACCUGAUCAUGCGGAGGUCGGACCUGCGGGAACCGUACGAGGGCAGUGAGAUACUGGCACUUGACGGCAACGAAGGUGAAGACCUGACGCUCCACUUUGCCAUGUACUUUGACCCGUACGCUGAACUAGUCUCCGCCGCCGACCUGCACUCGAUCAUGAUGGAGGAGAUCACCUCGGAUAGCCCUAGGUUUUUCCGGAAUCUCACCAUCGACCCGUCGAGCUUGAUCAUCAAGGAGGUUCUCGGCCAGUUUGACGACAUCCCGGGAACGUCUUCGUCACCGCUCGGCGGAAAGGACGACGUUGUCAGCGAAGUGGUCACCACGAUGCGACCUCCCCGGAAGUGUGAACCGCUGCGGUUGAACUACUGCCGUUCGGUCGGGUACAACAUGACCACCUAUCCGAACUUUUUCGGCCACAACUCGGUCGAGGAGGUCGAAGCGGAUCUGAUCUCGUUCCGGGAGCUUGUUGACGCGGAGUGCUUCCGGCAGGCGUUCGACUUCAUCUGUCGACUUCUUCAGCCGCCGUGCGAGUAUCGCCGGAUUGAGGAACCUUCCGCCGGGAAGGUCUGUCGGCAGUACUGCCAGGCGUUCUGGGCCGGAUGUGGCGAUCGUCUGCCGGAACGCUUCCGGAGGUUCAUGGAUUGUGAACGGUUCCCCGAAUCAACGGGGAUCCAGUCCUGCCACAGUCGGCCCGGAUGUUCCGGAGAGCUCCAGUCGAACGCGCUGUCCUCGAGGAUGUGCGACGGAGUGGCGGACUGUCCCGAUCUGUCCGAUGAGAACACGUGCACGUUCUGUGCGUACGGAGCGAUCUACUGCGGCCGAGGUCGGGUUUGUUACGCCCGGAAUGCUCGGUGCGACGGAAAGAUCGACUGCCCGGACGGGGCGGACGAGAAGGAUUGUCUGUCAAUCUCACCGCAAGUGACCCACCUGACCUUCCCCCCGCCAAUUGUGCCCCAUCGACCGCGCUUCUACUCGGAAGGUUACGCCGUCUUCUCGGAGAAGGGAACCACCGGAAAGCUCUGCUCCGUCGGCAUGGAAUCGAACGAGUACGUCCGAAAUACGGUCGCCGAGUCCCUCUGUAAAGCCCUCGGCUUCGAACGCGUCGAUUUCUCCGAGAUCCGGAACGAUACGGAACCGAACACCAGCUACGUGAGGGUGCUGGACCCAAGGGCGUCGGAAAUCUCCUUCGUGCGGACGACCUGCCAGAGCAAGCAGUCGCUGUACGUGAGCUGUGGACAGCUGGAGUGUGGCGUGCAGUCGGCGCUGCCGAACGGAGGCAACGUGGGACUGUCUAAGAUGGCCGCGCCCGGCGAUUGGCCCUGGCUGGUGGCGCUAUUCCGGGCGGAUACGCACGUGUGUGAUGGGACGUUGGUCUCUUCCGAUUGGGUCCUCACGACGGAAUCCUGCUUCCAGGGUCAGGCCAAGGCCACCUGGUACGCGAUCUUCGGCGCAGUUCGUCUCACUUCAAACGCUCCCUGGACGCAGCGGCGAAGAAUCAUCGGCAUGGUAAAAUCUCCCGUUGAGGGCAGCACUGCUGCGUUGGUACGUUUGGAGAAUCCGGUGAUCUACUCGGACUUUGUACGACCGAUUUGCUUACCAGACAUCCCACUCAAGGAAACGAUCGAUCGCAGCGAUAACGUGACUCCGACGCCUCACGCUGAGAAGUUCUCCAAGUCCCGCUCGAAGAAGCGAAUCAAGGAGAACCGGCAGUACUUUGAGACUCCCGGAGAUGACGAGACUGCCAGUUCGGAUGAGUACAGCGAUGUGACGGAGUCUUCGAAAUUUUCGGUUAAUGAGUUCACCGCGGAAUUUGCCGACGAGGGAUCGCAGAUUCCGAAGGCGGAGGCUGUUGGGGCGGUUAGUGGAACACGCAAUCCGUACCCACUUCCGGAGAACUCACCGCAGACGAACAACUACAUCUCGCCGUCCAACUACAUCGGACACAGCUUCACCCCGCCGAAGGCCAAGCAAACCGUCUGGACGAACUGCAAUACGCUCGGCUGGAGCCGUCAGCGGGACCACCUUCAGCGGGUUCAGCUCAAGAUCAGCGACAUGAAGCCGUGCGAGAAUAUCUCGAUCGCGACCGUCAACAGCAUGUGCACGGAGGCCGCCUACCACAAGCAGGACUGCAGCGAGGAGGAGUUUGCCGGAAGUCCGGUGGUUUGUCUGCUGCCGGCAGAACGCAAGUGGGCCCUCGUUGGGGUGGCCUCGUGGCGGAUCGCUUGCGCCCCGAAUGGAAUCGAGCGGCCGCGGAUGUAUGACAAGAUCACCUCGAAUACGCAGUGGCUGCGGGAGACGAUCGCGGCAACGGUGUGAGCGAGGAGGGCAUUUCCCCCACCUCCGGAUUAAAUUAUGUGCAAAUAUUAAGCUUAAAGUGAGAGUGAGAGUGAGUGGCGAGAAUGAAUGUGAAUGAAGGAAAGCAUUCCAAAGGAUAUAAAAAUGAUACUUACUAAUGCCAUUUGAUUACCUUGAAAUACUUCUUAUCCUCUAGAACCUGCUUAGAGAGCGACGUUUAUAUCGAUCGAUGUAAAAAAAAAACAAUGUGCACUUCUACUCUAACCUUAGAAAUUUAAGACACCUUGGGCAACCCAAAAAAAAAAGAAGAUCAUCUGUUACGUGUAGUGAAAUGUGUAUAGAACGAGAAUUAUUGUUAGUGGAACUGUUUUAAACUUAUUUUUAACGACGAAGCAAAAAAAAAAAAGAAUAGAUCGUGAAUUGUUAUGUGUUGCAUGCGCCUUCGUGAAUAACAACCUGUUAACAUCCCCCCACUUAAACGAAUCCAAAUAAAGUGAUCAAAUCAAAUCA